AUAAGUAGCGUCCCAAUCUCGCCAACAAUCCCACAACUCCACAAAAAAAGAAAUCCUUUGUAGUUUUGAACACUAAAUUAUAUACAAAUCCCCAAAAGACCCAAAAAAACAAAAAACAAUGGGUGUGACAACCUACACCGAUUCAGUGGAAUCCCCCAGUGCACCUGCAAGGUUGUUCAAAGCCUUGUUUGUGGACUCACACAACCUCUUCCCCAAGGUGGUGCCAGCUUUGGUCAAAAGCGUUGACAUUGUUGAAGGCGACGGUUCCAGCGCCGGUACAGUUAAGAAAAUCAAUUACGUCGAAGGAGAAACAGAGAAGUACGUUAAAAACAGGAUCGAUGAGAUUGACGGGGCUAAGUUGGUGUGCAAAUACACGUUGAUCGAGGGACAUGAGCUGGGAGAAAAGCUCGAGAGCGUUCGAUACGAGGUGACACUCGAAGGUAAGGGCGAUGGAGGGUCCAUUUGCAAGACCAAGAUUGAGUUCCACACCAAAGGUGACUCUACUAUUGGGUUGGAUGAAUUCAAGCAAGGCAAAGACAAGUGGAUGGGGCUUAUGAAUGCUGUUGAAAAAUACUUGGGUGACAAUCCAGCUAUCUAUGCUGCUUGAUCACAUCAUCACAUUCCAAGCUAAGACUUGUUGUUGUCAUGAGUGUGCUGCUUGUUUGUUUGUUUGGUUCUCUUUGUAUUGAAUAAGGAAAUGGGAUGAUAUAUAUGUAUGUUGGAUGGAGUUUUUCCUUCUCUUCCACAUACCUAUCAUACAAUCCUAUAUAUGUUGUGUCAUCUUUGUUGCUUCCAGUGUUAUGAUUUAUACAUGUUAAACUUUCUAAAUUUAAAUCUUUUUGUUCCUAUUUAACUGCUCGUGUUUUUUUGUUUUAGAAUGUUGGGAAUUAAAUAUUAAUUUAGUACAUUUAGUAAUUGAACAAAUUGUGUAAAGUUAU